AUUGAGAUCUGCGUCCCUCUUCAAAUGCUCUAGGUUGUGGCUCUUGAGCCGUCUCUCUCCUAUUUCAUUUCUCUAUAAAUUUCAUCUCUCUCCUCUUCUUCUCCGUCAGUCGAUUUGCUUGCUUGCUUACAGUCUACACUCAUUAAGAAUACUACUUCAUCUUCUUCUCUAUUACAAAUGCUUAUUGGUUUUCAUUUUUGAUUUCAUUUCUCAUUUGUAACUUUUUCCACCUCGAGGAAUCGAAAGAUUUAUGUCGGCAAGGUUCAGCCUAAGGUUUACGAUUUCGUCUAUAUUCAUUUCUUCUAUCUACUUCUGCUGCUUUUAUCAGCAGAGAAUUAACCCGUCUGCUCAAUCUGAUUCGAUGCGUUUGUUGCCAAAGAGGACAUCUUCUGGUGUUAAGUGUUUUGGAGGAUUUUUCAUAAAGCAUUUCUACUAUCUCUUUCCUUUCUUCAGAGGACCUCUAACUUGAUUCUCUUUGCAAUUAUUCUCUCUUCAGUCUCUCUCUCUCUAUUUCUAUCAGUUUCUUAUUCUCUUUUUCCUUUGAGAUCUCUUUUUUCUGCUUCUAUUGUCAUCAACUGAUGACUAUGAAGCGUAUCAAUCCUGCAACGAACGGGAGCGGUAAAUCGAUGAUGAGGAGAAUCCGGGUGUUUUCAUACGAUCCGUAUGCUACGGACUCGUCCGAUGAUGAAAAGGACACAACGAGGUUCGUUGGAGUGGUGAACAUUCCCAUUACUGGGUCGGGGAAUCGGUCAAGAGCUCAUGAAAUGGAGAGUUCUUCUCAUGAUAGCAACAACCAUGGAGCGAAAUCUUCUUCGCCUCAGAAGAUUAAGAAGGUUGUUACAACAGGUAAAAUCAACACCUCUUCUUCAACUAAAUACAGGGGAGUUAGGCAGAGGAAAUGGGGGAAAUGGGCUGCUGAAAUCCGUGACCCUGUUCAAGGAAAGAGAAUCUGGCUUGGUACUUACAACACUGCUGAAGAAGCCUCCGCUGCUUACAAUAAGAAGAGGCUCGAGUUUGAAUCGAUUGCGGCUGGUCCCAGCAACAGCAACAACAAGCGAAUCCGUGAAUAUUCCGAUGACUUUUCGGAUUGUCAUGUUUCUAAUACUUCACUAGAUUCUGUUCUAGAAGUUGGCACUGUGGGUUCUGGUUUAUUAGCCUCCUCCGAGAAUGGGUCUGUCAAGGAGGAGGAAGAAGAUGAUCUUUUGAAUGAUUUUGCAGAUAAUCUGGCUGAAGAACUGAUGGCUAUGGAUAAUCCACCAUCUCCUAUGAUCUACCGUGAUGAGAUAACACCUGUGAAUGCUGCAGCCAUUGAUGAACCACUAAUGGCUCAAAUUGGUGCUGGACUAGACCCUGGAAUGGAUCUUGAUUCAAUGUGCUUUGAUGAUUUCGGGCCAUUGUUCAAUGAUUUUGCAAAUCUUGAUGAGUUAAAUUUUGAAGGGUUAUUGGAUGAUGAUGAAGAUGAUUCAGGUAGUCUUCCUGAUUUUGAUUUAGAGCUUGGAAAUGAUGAUAUCUCAUGGAUUGAAGACACCCUCAACGUUGUAUGCCAAUAGAGAGAAGAAUGACAAGUUUUGCAGCUAUUAGGAAUUAUCAUAUUAUCAUAUAUGAAUCAGUUUUGAGUUUUUUUUUUGUUUUUUUUUUUUGAGUAUUAAUAAUUAUUUCAUUAGUUUUGGUUUGGUCCUGGUCUGGUCUGAAGAUGUUAAAGAAGAUGAUGAUGAAGAAGAAGAUGAAGAGGGAGUGUGAAAAGGCUUUUGGGUUUUCCAGUUUGCUAAUAGAGCAGUCCAAAGGUCUUUCACGUUUUUCUCUUAUUUCUUUGUUUUAUUUACUGUUGUCUGUCUCUGUUUCUAUCUGUCAUAAUUUAAUGUUUCAAUGAACCUUAUUUAUUUAUUUAAUAUAAUAUCCGUUUUCAUUUUA